AUGUCAACUCCCCAUCUUCCUUACCGUCUCGACGGCAAAGUUGCCCUUGUAACAGGCUCUGGCCGGGGAAUUGGGGCAGCAAUUGCCAUCGAAUUUGGUCGACUGGGAGCAAAAGUAGCCGUGAAUUAUGCAAACUCCAGCAAGCCGGCGGAAAAAGUCGUUGCCCAGAUCAAGGAACUGGGGUCAGAUGCAGUUGCCUUCCAGGCUAAUGUGAGAGAUGUAGGGCAAACCGUCAAGUUAAUGAACGACGUGGUCGCCCAUUUUGGCGGGCUCAACAUCGUUUACAGUAACUCGGGUGUGGUCAGCUUCGGCCAUCUUGGUGAUGUGACUGAGGAAGAGUUCGAUCGUGUCAUCAGUCUCAACACGCGCGCACAGUUCUUCGUCGCUCGCGAAGCGUACCGGCACCUUAGCGAAGGCGGCCGAAUCAUUCUGAUGUCAUCCAACACGGCUAACAGCAUGAUUGUGCCUAAACAUGCAUUAUACGCUGGAUCGAAAGGCGCCAUUGAGUCGUUCGUACGUUCAUUUGCCAAAGACGCCGGGGACAAAAAGAUUACCGUCAAUGCCCUUGCACCUGGAGGCACAGUGACCGACAUGUUCCAUGACGUAUCAGUAAACUACAUACCCAAUGGAGAGGCUUAUAGCGCCGAGGAGCGCCAGCAAAUGGCGGCAAAUGCGUCUCCACUGAAGCGGAACGGAUAUCCCAUUGAUGUUGCCCGGGUUGCUUGCUUCUUGGCGAGCAGGGAGGGUGAAUGGAUUAACGGCAAAACUAUAGUUCUCGAUGGCGGAGGUGCCUGA